GAUAAUGUCUACAUCACAUCACACCCAUUUGUUUAUUCAACACUGUGAAUGUUUUAGGCCCAAUCUUUACUCAAGCUUGAAAUAUUCUUUGUUUUAAUCUUACACGCCAACACUUGUUUUGUUUCUUUUCUUCAUCUUUUCAAUCACAAGUUUGCUUCUACUUCUCUUCUUUUUCAUCAACUUGGGGCUGAACAUCUUCUGGGUUUUUGAUCAAUGGCUGAAUUGGUUGGGCCAAGAUUGUACAGCUGCUGCAAUUGUCGAAACCAUGUUUCGCUACAUGACGAUAUAAUUUCCAAAGCUUUUCAGGGAAGACAUGGUAGAGCCUUUCUCUUCUCCCACGCGAUGAAUGUUGAUGUAGGCCCAAGAGAAGACAGGCAUCUCUUGACUGGUUUGCACACUGUGGCUGAUAUUUACUGUGGUGAUUGCCAUGAGGUGUUGGGGUGGAAGUAUGAGCGUGCUUAUGAAGUGUCACAGAAGUACAAAGAAGGCAAAUUCAUACUUGAGAAGUUAAAGAUUGUUAAAGAAAAUUGGUAGCCCUUGUAUGGGGUCCUAAUUUGUUCAUUCUUGUGUGCUUAUGCAAAUGGAUUGAUGCUUCAUUAUGUUCAUCUUGUACAGAAACUCUCACCCAUUUGUUGAUGUUUAAUGGUGACCCCAGAAAAUUGGUAGGCCUUGUCUGGGGUCACCCGUAAUUCUUGCCACACCGUGUUCUGAUGAUGUUUAAUGUUGGAUCAGCUAUUCCUUUGUAAUCAAAUUUGUGAUACAAUUUCAGAA